CACUCUCCUUGUUCAGUUUAGAAGCGAUCCUGAUGCGCUGAAACCGCUGACGCCAUGUGGGCCAAGCUGCAGGCUGAGAGAAGUCAAAAGGCUCAGGUGGGGUAAACUUUGACAUCGUCAUCGAUCAGGAACAGAAGUGCAGGCCAGAACUUCUGACACCAUGUCAUGAGAUGCAGGACACAGCAAUGAUGACACAGCCAGAUCACUGAGAGAUAUCUGGUAUUGAUGUAAUUGGAGUGAAUAAGGGAACCUUCUUCCUGAGCACAGACAUUGGAGCCUGUUAUCAGCAUGAACUCAUAUGUGUUAGACAAACACGUCAAUAUUUCAUAUCUAUCCUUCACUACAGUCUUAGACACCAAUGACUAUUCACAAACUUUGGAGAUAUCACAGCAGAAAUUUAAAGGAGAUGGUGAAUUGGCAGGAACUGAGCAGCAAUCAGUAUGUACAGAGAGUAAUUUAGUCAUCAAACAAGAGGACAACAUUUAUGCCUUAUCUAGUGAAAUUAUUUUCCCUGAGGAUAAACCACACACAUUUACAGAGUUUUCAAAACAUAUUAAAGAAAGGAAAAGUCUACAGUCUUGCCAAAUGAUUCAUACAAAGGAGAAAAAAAAUCAAUGUACAGAGUGUGAGAAAAGCUUUAGAUGGAAGUCUCGUCUACUAGAACACUACAGAAUUCACACAGGUGAGAAACCAUACACAUGUACUAAGUGCGGCAAAUGCUUUACACAAAUGAAUCAACUGAAAACUCAUGGAUGGAUUCACACAGGAGAAAAGCCUUUCACGUGUACAGAGUGUAAAAAAAGUUUUACACAAAAGAGUGAUCUGAAAAGUCAUGAAAGGAUUCACACAGGGGAAAAGCCUUUCACAUGUACAGAGUGUGGAACAAGUUUUACACAAAUAAGUAGUCUGAAAACACAUGAAAGGAUUCACACAGGGGAAAAGCCUUUCACAUGUACAGUGUGUGGAACAAGUUUUACAGAAAAGGGUACUCUGAAAAAUCAUGAAAGGAUUCACACAGGAGAAAAGCCUUUCACAUGUACAGUGUGUGGAACAAGUUUUACACAAAUGCAUUGUCUGAAAUCUCAUGAAAGGAGUCACACAGGGGAGAAGCCUUUCACAUGUACAGAGUGUGGAAAACGUUUUACACGAAAGAGUCAUCUGAAAACUCAUGAAAGGAUUCACACAGGGGAGAAGCCUUUCACAUGUACAGAGUGUGGAAAAAGUUUUACACAAAUGAAUUGUCUGAAAACUCAUGAAAGGAGUCACACAGGGGAGAAGCCUUUCACAUGUACAGAGUGUGGAAAAAGUUUUACACAAAUAAGUAAUCUGAAAACUCAUGAAAGGAUUCACAAGGGAAGAGACCUUUCACAUGUUUAGAAAGUGGAAAAAAGUUUUUUUUAUUGAAAUCAUGUAUCACAAAACACCAAAUAUUUACACACAAAUAAACUUUAUAAACACAGUGUAAAAAUAGGACAAACUCUAUAAAUGGAAGCAUCAAAAUGGAUGUUAUUGUAAAUAAUGCUUUAUAAAUCCCAGUUAUAAAAGCCCCAGAUUGGAAGUGUUCUUCUGCUGUCCUUUGUUCCUCCAUAUAUGUGCACCUCAGUUUCUCUCAUAUCAAUGUGAUAACAUACAAACACCACACAGGAAUAUACAGAUCUGUCCUCAUACUGACAGUUUACACAGCCAUUCACCACCAAAGCACCCCCAGUGUUGUUUAUUAAUAUGCCAGUGUUAGGAGUUGUACAUUUGAUUUACAUAGGGGAGGAAAUAAUUACAUUUACAGAAUAAAAGAGUCUUUAUAUGAAUAGAGUGUUAGAGAAUUACAUAAACAAGAACAUCAGUCUCAAAUGAUUGACAUCUGGGAGAUAUAUUUAUUGUGCACAUCAUGUGGAUAAACCUUUUCUUAUAGCAAUAGAUGCUUAGCAUUGUACAUGUUAUAUACCAGAGGAAUUACUGAGGGAAACUGAUUUUAUUUAAUGAGACGCAAUAUCAGUAACCAGUACAUACGUGAUCAUAAUCAGUUUAAUUUAAAUGGCUACUAUAACCUACAUGUAUACUGGGUAUGUAAUAUGUGUGUCAUGUUCUGUAACUUGAUAUUAUGGCUGUUAGAUGUUUUCAUGUUAGUUAGAAGCCACAAUAACUGAUAAUAGCACAUACUGUAUAUAUAAAGGGAACAUUAUAUGUCUGAUAAUCCCUUUGUAUCAAGAGCACAAGUGUUAGGUAUAUUUAUACCAUUGUGUGCAUAUAUCAUGUAAUGCUGCUUUUUACUAUAUAAUGAUAUACAAUGUUUUUUUUUAUGCAAAUAAAAAGUGAUUGUAAUCUA